AUGGACGACAUUGGACAGAAAGGUACUGAGAGCAAGGACCUAUGCAUCUGGAUAGCCUUGUGUUCCAUUGCUGUCGCCGGAGCACUGUAUACGUCAUCAAACAUCUGGAACAGAUACCAGACAAGUCCCACCAUGACUGUGCUGCAAAGCACAAAUUUCCCCAUCGAAAAUCUCCCCUUCCCGGCCAUUACUAUAUGCAACUUGCACCACGUACGUUGGGACAAGGCAAUUCUGUUCCAGGAGAAGUAUCUAUCGGAUGCAGACAACUUGACAGUCGACGCUUUUUUCCGCCUGGUUUCUGCGCUAUCUGUCGUAAACUUCGGAGAUUUCGACAUGAUCGGCACAUAUUUCGGGAACAGCACAGAAGACGCGGAGAGGCUGGCUGAUCUGAACAUUACGUUUCUCAUGAUGGAGGUGAUAAGUUCGUGUGACGAGCUGUUUGUGGAGCAGUGCUGGUGGCGCAACUUGGACUACGACUGCUGCUCCCUCUUCGAGCUGCAGAAAACCGAAUAUGGCUUCUGCUAUUCUUUCAAUUCCGAGACGUCACAAUACCGAAGACCGAGGCGAGGUGUACCCCAGGAGAAAUGCCGAGAGGGUGACCAACACUGUAACCAAAAUAAAUGCUCAGAUGAUGAUCCGGGGUGUAAGAAAGCAGAUAUAAGGCCUCGACGGACAAGUACAGCAGGAAUGUGGAGUGGACUGCGGACCAAGGUCCAGACGUUUCCACAACAUACUCCGCCCCUUUCUGCAGGCGAAAAUGCCGCAGGUAUACUGGUGUUUGUGACCAGCCCUUAUGACUUGCCGCUUCUGGGGACUGACGUCACUUCUGGAAGCACGGCGCAGGUUUCUCUGUCAGCCCAGGUGACGUACACGACUCCUCAGGUACACGACCUGUGUACAGAAAGACGUGGCUGCAUAUACGAGAAUGAGACCGAGGCGCUGGGAUUCCCCUAUCGUCAUGGCAACUGUAUAGCCCAGUGCCAUCGCCACAGUACCUACUUGUACUGCAACUGCACCCCAUACUUCUUCCCUACCGAAGACGUGUAUAAUUACGAGAAGCCUGAGAAAGACAACCCCUUCUUUGACGACGGCCAGCAAGGCAUGGUUUGCAAGUGUCAAGCUGACUGCGACAGGAUAGAGUACACGUCGGAGUUCUAUGUAACCCAAGGAGUCAUUGUCAGUGUAACACGUUACAUGGCCACCGUCGGAACCAACCAUACUGUCCCUCUCUACAGAGGUCUCAGCGGUGCCGAAGAUCAGGUCCUGCUGGAUAUCCACUUCAAACAUCCCACAGUGGUGCUAUACCGCACGGACGUGGUAUUCGGAUGGCUCGACCUCACAGUGUCUCUAGGAGGUGUUGCCGGACUCUUCAUUGGUUUCUCCUUGCUGAGUGGUGUCGAACUCAUUUACUACCUCACAUUUCGGCUCUACGGACUGUGGCGGGCAGAGAGACGCAGCAAGAUUGCUCCGAAACUCAAGACAAAGCAACCUUCUCAUCAGAAUGUUUUUCGUUCACGCAAACUACACGACAUGCACAAGUCAUUACAGAAGAUACAAAGAGUGCAUCCUCAUCAAUGUUACUAA